AUGGGAAAUGAAGAGUUCGACAACUUUUGCAAGAUGGCGCAGGAGUUCAUGGGGGGCGCCCCCUUGGACAAACAGUUCCUGACGGAGAUUUGGGAGGGCGCUGACAAGAACCUGGAGCGCGCCAUCAACCACGUGCUAAGCACGCCGGAUGACAAGGUCCGAAGAGCUGGGCAGGGAGGUGGCGGCGAUGGUGGUGGCGGUGGAGAGUCGAAAAGCAGCAAGAAGGAGAAGGAGAAGGAGAAGAAGAGCAAGAAGAAGGACAAGUCGCCUGCCAAGAGUGCGAAGUCCGAUGUGAGCCCAGCGGCGGACUUUCCGGACUUUCCGACGUCAGGCUUCUUCGAUACUGCUCCAGGCGGCAUGGGCGGUGGCUUUGACAGCAUGCCCGGGAUGGGAGGCAUGGGCGGCUUCGACAGCGCUCCUGCCGGGAUGGGAGGAAUGGCCGGUAUGGCCGGCAUGGGUGGCAUGGGCCAAGCGGGUGGCUUCGGUCAGCAGCAGCAGCCGCCGGCACAGACCUGGGGGCAGCCUCAGACGAUGCCGCCGCAGACUAUGCCGCCGCAGAGCAUGCCGCCGCAGAGCAUGCCGCCACAGGCCAUGCCACCGCAGACGAUGCCGCCGCAGGGCAUGACCGGAGGCAUGCCACACACCACCAUGCCGCCUCACGAGGUGCAGCCUGGAUUUGGCCAAGCCAAUCCAAGUUUCGGCGUGAACGCCCCUGGUGGCUUCGGCCAGUCCCAGCCUCCUCCGCAGACGUGGGGCCAGCCUGCCUCUCAGUAUCCCACGCAGAUGGGCGCGCCGCCAGGCCCAGCCCCGCCGCAGUUCGGCACGGCGGAGUCCUCUCAGUACCCGACGCAGAUGGGCACUGGAGCACCGCCAGGCGGCUGCGGUGCGUAUGGCGACAUGGGCCAGGCAAAGCCUGGAUUUGGCCAAGCCAGUCCCGGUUAUGGCGGCGGCGGCGCUGGAAUUGCGCCUGCCACGCCCACGACGGCGGCCGGCUGGGAGAGCGAGUCCGACAGUGACAAUGACUGGUGGAACAACCCGGCACCUUUGCAGUCGCGUGGUGCUGCGGGCCCGGCCCAGUUCGGAACGCUGGAGUCUGCCUCCCAGUACCCCACGCAGAUGGGGGCUCCACCAGGCGGCUACGGCGGUUAUGGCGACAUGGGCCAGGCCCCUGGUGGCCAAGACCAGUGGUCGCAGCAAGGAGGUGGCUAUGGCGCCUAUGGCUCAGGACAAGCUCCUCAGCAGGCCAUGGGUGGCCACGACCAGUGGUCUCAGCAAGGCGGCUAUGGCCAAGCACAGCACGCGCAGUUCGGCUCGGGAGCGCCCCCGGUGGCCAACUGGGGCUACUGA